UCUCCUGCAUUGCAAAUUUUUUUUUUUAGAUACCCAAUCUCCAGCCACUCCCGGGACUCCUUCUCUGCCCGUGUGGCAUUUUCUCAAUUUUUCUCAUUUCAAUUUCAAUCAGCUUUAAAGAAAAGCUACCGAGCAAUACUCACCUACCAUGGGGGACUUGACAAAUAGCGAUUUUUACACCAAGAACCAAAGAAAUGACAGCAACCAUGAGGGCGGAUUUGGCUGCUCGAUCAUGGAGCUGCGCUCCCUCAUGGAGCUCAGAGGACCGGAAGCAGUGGUCAAAAUUCAGGACGACUAUGGAGGCAUUGAGGGACUGUGCCAGAGGCUCCAAACCUCGCCGACAGAGGGGUUGGCAGGAGUUGUGACUGACCUAGAUAAGAGAAAAGAAGUAUUCGGGCAAAAUCUUAUACCUCCAAAGAAGCCAAAAACUUUUUUACAGUUAGUAUGGGAAGCAUUACAAGAUGUGACCCUCAUCAUCCUCGAAAUCGCAGCCAUGAUCUCACUGGGACUCUCCUUUUAUCAGCCGCCCGGAGAAGGCAGCGAAUCCUGUGGGACAGCUAGCGCGGGUGCAGAGGACGAGGGGGAAGCUGAGGCUGGUUGGAUCGAGGGUGCUGCUAUCUUACUCUCUGUGGCGUGUGUCGUCCUGGUCACGGCCUUCAAUGAUUGGAGCAAGGAGAAGCAGUUCAGGGGUUUACAGAGCCGCAUCGAACAGGAGCAGAAAUUCCAGGUGGUGCGUGGAGGACAGGUCAUCCAACUUCCUGUGGCAGAUAUUGUCGUUGGUGACAUUGCGCAAGUCAAGUAUGGUGACCUGCUUCCAGCUGAUGGAAUCUUGAUACAAGGCAAUGAUCUGAAGAUUGAUGAGAGUUCACUGACGGGAGAAUCAGACCAUGUGCGCAAAUCAGCAGAUAAAGACCCCAUGCUUCUUUCUGGCACACAUGUGAUGGAGGGUUCGGGUCGGAUGUUGGUCACGGCUGUCGGUGUAAACUCUCAGACUGGGAUCAUCUUCACCCUGCUCGGUGCUGGGGGAGAGGAGGAGGAGAAGAAAGAGAAGAAAGGUCAGGCAAUGGAGGAUGGCCAUCAACUAGCAGACUCUUCCCAUCUCUCCUCACACCCCAUCGCAACUAUAGCUACCGAUGGUGCGGCAAGUGCAAAUGCCCCUGGUAAUACCAGCCUAGUCAAUGGUAAAAUGCAGGAUGGAAAUAUGGAGAACAGCCAGACCAAAGUGAAAAAGCAGGAUGGUGCCGCGGCGAUGGAGAUGCAGCCCUUGAAGAGUGCAGAAGGAGGAGAAACUGAUGAAAAAGAGAAAAAGAAAGCCAGUGGCUCCAAAAAAGAGAAAUCUGUUUUGCAAGGAAAACUUACAAAGCUAGCUGUGCAGAUCGGCAAAGCAGGUUUGGUGAUGUCUGCCAUUACAGUCAUCAUCCUGGUGCUCUACUUUGCCAUUGAUAACUUUGUGCUUCAGAAGAGGCAGUGGCUACCAGAGUGCACUCCAGUCUACAUUCAAUAUUUCGUCAAAUUCUUCAUUAUUGGUGUGACGGUCCUGGUGGUAGCUGUUCCUGAAGGCCUUCCGCUCGCUGUUACCAUCUCUCUAGCUUACUCUGUCAAGAAAAUGAUGAAGGAUAACAACUUGGUGCGCCAUCUGGAUGCUUGUGAGACCAUGGGCAAUGCCACAGCUAUCUGCUCAGACAAGACUGGCACAUUGACCACCAAUCGAAUGACAGCAGUGCAAUGCUAUGUGGCAGAUGUCCAUUACAAGGAGAUACCAGACCCCAGCUCAAUUCCACCCAAAACUUUGGAUACACUGGUCAAUGCUAUUUCUCUCAACAGCGCCUAUACUACUAAAAUACUGCCUCCAGAUAAGGAAGGGGGUCUUCCCAAGCAAGUGGGCAACAAAACCGAGUGUGGCCUAUUGGGACUGGUCCGUGAUCUAAAACGAGACUACCAGACUGUUCGAAACCAGAUCCCUGAGGAGAAACUCUACAAGGUGUACACGUUUAAUUCCGUUAGGAAGUCAAUGAGCACCAUCAUAAAACUUCCAGAUGGCAGUUUCAAAAUGUACAGCAAAGGCGCAUCUGAGAUUAUUCUUAAGAAGUGUACGCGUAUUAUGAAUGAGGUGAGCGAACCUCGCAUUUUCAAACCAAGGGACAGGGACGAGAUGGUGAAGAAAGUAAUUGAACCUAUGGCCUGUGACGGACUUAGAACUAUCUGUGUAGCUUACCGUGACUUCCCUGCUGACCCUGAGCCCAACUGGGAUGACGAAAACAACAUUUUAACUGACCUGACUGCAAUAUGUGUGGUUGGAAUUGAAGAUCCUGUCAGGCCAGAGGUGCCCGACGCCAUCAGGAAGUGCCAGCGUGCUGGCAUCACUGUGCGUAUGGUGACUGGAGACAACAUCAACACGGCAAGAGCAAUUGCUAUUAAGUGUGGGAUCAUUCAACCGGGAGAGGACUUCCUGUGCAUCGAUGGCAAAGAGUUCAACAGGAGGAUAAGAAAUGAGAAGGGAGAGGUUGAGCAGGAACGCAUUGAUAAAGUGUGGCCCAAACUGCGAGUGCUGGCCAGAUCUUCACCGACGGACAAACACACACUGGUCAAAGGUAUUAUCGAUAGCACUCUGGUGGACCAGCGGCAGGUUGUUGCUGUAACCGGUGACGGAACCAAUGACGGACCGGCCCUCAAGAAAGCAGAUGUCGGUUUUGCCAUGGGAAUCGCAGGGACAGAUGUGGCUAAAGAGGCUUCUGACAUCAUCCUGACAGAUGAUAACUUCUCCAGCAUCGUGAAGGCCGUCAUGUGGGGACGCAACGUCUACGACAGCAUUUCAAAGUUCCUGCAGUUUCAGCUGACGGUUAAUGUUGUGGCUGUGAUUGUCGCUUUUACCGGAGCCUGUAUUACACAGGAUUCUCCUCUUAAAGCAGUGCAGAUGUUGUGGGUCAACCUGAUCAUGGACACGUUUGCAUCUCUGGCUUUAGCCACUGAACCGCCCACUGAAGCUCUGUUGAUGAGGAAACCCUACGGCCGAAACAAACCCCUGAUCUCGAGCACCAUGACCAAGAACAUCCUGGGCCAUGGCGUCUACCAGCUUACCAUCAUCUUCACUUUGCUGUUUGUGGGUGAGCAGAUCUUUGACAUUGACAGUGGCAGAAAUGCUCCGCUGCAUUCUCCUCCAUCUGAGCACUACACCAUCAUCUUCAACACCUUUGUCAUGAUGCAGCUCUUCAAUGAGAUCAAUGCCCGCAAGAUCCAUGGAGAGAGAAAUGUGUUUGAUGGCAUCUUCAGAAACCCCAUUUUCUGUUCCAUUGUUCUUGGAACUUUCGCCAUUCAGAUUGUGAUUGUUCAGUUUGGAGGGAAACCAUUCAGUUGUUCUCCUCUGGACCUGGAGAAGUGGAUGUGGUGUGUGUUCCUGGGGCUUGGUGAACUGGUCUGGGGACAGGUUAUAUCAACAAUCCCAAACAGCAAGCUGAGGUUCCUUAAAGGAGCUGGUCAGCUGACGCACAAGGAUGAAAUGCCCGAGGAGGAGCUGAACGAAGACCAGGAGGAGAUUGAUCAUGCCGAGAGAGAGUUACGACGAGGACAGAUCCUCUGGUUUAGAGGCUUGAACAGAAUCCAGACUCAGAUCGAUGUAGUGAACACGUUCAAGAGCGGGACAUCCUUUCAGGGUGCUCUGAGACGCCAGUCCUCCACCACCAGCCAGAAUCAGGAUGUAACCAAUGUUUCUAGUCCUAGUCACAUACGUGUUGUGAACGCAUUUCGUAGCUCACUCUACGAAGGCUUGGAAAAACCAGAAUCCAGAACCUCCAUCCAUAAUUUUAUGACUCAUCCGGAGUUUAGAAUAGAGGACUCUACACCCCACAUUCCUCUUAUAGACGACACUGACAUUGAUGAUGAGGCCGCCAGGAAGAACUCAAACCUCAGUCUACCCUCGUCACCCAACAAAAACAACAACGCCAUUGAUAGCGGUAUAAAUCUUACGAUCAACACAAGUAAAUCAGCUGCAUCCUCCAGUCCCGGGAGCCCACUUCAUAGUCUUGAGACAUCACUUUAGCCACCUCACAUAGGUGACUACUCAAUAAUUAUCUUAGAAUAUAUGUUUAAAAGUGCUACGAAGAAAAAGUGCAUGCAAAUACAGAUUAUGUAUGGUUGACUGAAUAUGGUCAGCCCCAGGUUCAUUUAUUGUGUGCUGAAGAAUUGAGAGCAAUGAACGACUGACUUAGGAAUGAUUGCGGAGUGACUCGAGGAACUAUAUAACAAACCAUGAGUGUAAACUCGUCACUCCCACUUCCUGAGGAAACAAUGGACUAUAUUGAAAUUAUUAAUAGUUUAAAUUGAAUACAGCCAAUAUCGUCACUCCUGCAUGAAUGUACAUUACCCAGGUUCUUAUUUUGAAACAAUUUAUUUUUAUUUUUAUUGUUUGAUUUGAUUUUGUGGGACGUGUGGUGGACUGCUAUUUUAAGACAGCUUAUCAGAUUCACUGAUCUAUGAGUAUUGUGUGUGGCAUGUAUCUAAUUGUAUAGAUUUAUUUGGUUAUUGAUUAAGGUGUAUCCAGGUUGCAGGGCUCAUCUUGCACAGUAGAUCUGCACCUGUCAGAAAAGAGAAACCCAUGGAAAUUAGAAUUUAUUAAGCAUAUUUAUAUAGCAUAUAUAUAUAUAUAUAUAUAUAUAUAUAUAUAUAUAUAUAUAUAUAUAUAUUACAUUAUAUUAUAAAUAUACAUAUACUUAUUUACAGAGUUUAUCUUUAUUUGUUGGCAUGUUGCCUUGUUCUGCUUCAAUGACUAACUACUUUAACUUAUUUAUUGUCCUAAAGAGAAUGUAAUUUGUUUACAAAACCUGUAGAUACGUCCUGGAUUCUUUGUAGGGUUUAAAGCUUCUUUGUAGGGUUCAAUACCACACAGCAGACAUAGUUGGAACAGCUCAAGUUACCUGUAAUAUUGGACUGUAGGUGUUUUAUUACAAAUUGUGUGCUGGACUUGCCUGCUAUUUUGUCAAAUAAUGUAGAUAUUUUAGAGGAUAAAAAAAAAAAAUCUAAAUAUAGUGGGAUAUAUCUUUAAUGUGGCAUCUUAUUACAUAAUUGUUGGGAUGAGCAACUGCUCUGAGCACCCCUGAAAAAAACCAGAACUGAUCCGAACACAGAGGUUUUGUUGAAUUUAAUGCUUAAAACUUGUGGUCGGCCUCAAAUGUAAGCAGAUAUUUCAGGUUGGAUUUAAAGACUUUCAUUAAGAAUACUAUUUAACAAAAAAUAUAUAUACAUAUUUUCAGUUACGUCUGACCAUCAAAGGCUGCGAUGGAUUAAAUGUUGGAAACAUGUAAACUAAGUUAUAUUUGGCAUCUCUGUAUGAAACCAAAAUUGUGUUUUAAUCUUGUUAUAUAUUGUGUUGAUUCUUCUUUUCUGACAUUUGAUUUGUAGAUUCUUUUGGCUUAAGGAAAUGAACCCAGCUCCUAAGCUGACAUCACUUUAAAAAAACAAAAUUACGUAAUGUAACGAAACAAAACAAAAAAGGAAUGUUGCUUUUGACUCUUUUCAUAAAAAACAUAAACAGAAAUCAAAAAAAAAAAAAAAAAAAAAAAAAAAAAAAAAACAUUUGAUUUUUUUCUGCACUAAUCGGAUAUGAAUGAAUUUCUGUGGUGAAAAUUUUGAUGUGCUUCUAUGUUAAAAUCAAGCUUGUCUUCCUGCAGUCAGUAAAUAUACUCUAGCAUCUCAACAGUAUUCACUAGUUGUUAACUAUUUAUUGUACUCUAGAAACAAAAGGACAAAUGGGGAUCUAUCAGAAGGCACACUUACAAAGUCACCCACAUUCAUUAAUAUUCCUUGCAAUUAUUACCAAUUGGAUACAUGGAAAGGCAUGAUGAUAUAUGCUUAAUAUGCAAGUUUGGAUGAAUUUUUUAUCCAUCAAUCUUUGAUUCUAAUUUGUUUUUUGACUAUUUUCAUCAGGAGUGUGCACAAGCUUUAACUGUUAGCUCAGGCAUGCAUAUUUAGGAGUUACUCAAUGAAAUGCAACAGAAACCCAUGAGAAUUGUGAAUUAUUUUAUUCCCCCUGAAAUGCAGAACUCUUUUGUCCUUUAUUGUUUGAACACGUUUCAAGGCCUCAUCUGCCAACAUUCUCACAAUGUAAACUGACCAAAAUGAUCACCUCUGACAUUUUAAAAGUCAGCGUCAGGGAGUUUGUCUUGAAAUGUGCACGCACUGUAAUGACUCUAAAUGAGAUUUUUUAUGGCGUGAGUUCAGUUUAAUUCAGUUCAGUUUAACGCCCUUUUGUUGAUGGGCCUAAUAACGGAUGCAGUUUAAAAUGGAUAACCAAUAAACCGAAAUGAUGACAGCAUUUUAAGAAUCACAAUUAAUAAUAUUUUUUGCAAUACAUCAGCUUCUAUGUACUGUACUUAGCAGCAUGCAUUUUGUGGAACAAAGAACAUAAAUGCCACAGGUACUUUUGGCGCACUAGCAAUUUAUGGGUAAAUGAAAAGUGUUCAUUAAUCUUGUUUUUAUGAAUUUUAUAAUCUAUACAAUAAUUGUAAAUAAAGAUCUCAAUGUCUUUUUUCAUUUAAUACUAUGCAAAAAGUCAAGCUUUUCUGAUUGUUACAUCAUCUACCCAAGAGUGUGUUGCUGAAUGUUGUGGUCUCAAAGUCAGUAAAACAACAACAACAAAACAUUGUGAUGUAAAUGAUUUUCUAGACUGACAACAUGAACUAUGACUCUUGCUGCUUCACUGUCCAUUUCAUGAUUCCAGACAGGAGCGCAAGUGAUGAAGUGAACGGGAAAAAAAAGAGGAAAAAAAGCACUUAAUAAAUUCCUGAGGAGCAUGAACCAA